UCUUCGGGCUCUGGAGCUUCGCAGCAGCGGCUGGAGAGGAGGCGCACUGCAGCCCUCGCGUCUGCGCGUCCUCCGCUGCUCCUUGCGCCUGGCCGGAGCCCGACCCCCGGUCGCCCCGUCGCGCUCGGCCCGAGGGCAUGCGGCAGCCGCGCGGGCCCCCGGCUCCCGGGCUCGGCGGCGCGGGCAAGUGCGAGCGGAUGUUCAGUUCUUCUCCACAAUGAAUGAGUGUCACUAUGAUAAGCGCAUGGACUUUUUUUAUAACAGGAGUAACACUGACACUGCCGACGAGUGGACAGGAACGAAGCUGGUGAUUGUUUUGUGUUUUGGAACGUUUUUCUGCCUGUUUAUUUUUUUUUCUAAUUCUCUGGUCAUCGCAGCAGUGAUCAAAAACAGAAAGUUCCAUUUCCCCUUCUACUACCUGUUGGCUAACCUGGCUGCUGCAGAUUUCUUUGCUGGAAUUGCCUAUGUCUUCCUGAUGUUUAACACUGGCCCAGUUUCAAAAACUUUGACUGUCAACCGCUGGUUUCUCCGCCAGGGGCUUCUGGACACUAGCUUGACUGCCUCCCUGACCAAUCUGCUAGUUAUUGCCGUGGAGAGACAUAUGUCAAUCAUGAGGAUGCGGGUCCACAGCAACUUGACCAAAAAGAGGGUGACUCUGCUCAUUUUGUCCAUCUGGGCCAUUGCCAUCUUUAUGGGGGCAGUCCCCACACUGGGCUGGAAUUGCCUCUGUGACAUCUCUUCCUGCUCUUCCUUGGCUCCCAUUUACAGCAGGAGUUACCUCAUUUUCUGGACUGUGUCCAACCUGAUGACCUUCUUCAUCAUGGUUGUGGUGUACCUGCGGAUCUACAUGUAUGUCAAGAGAAAAACCAAUGUCUUGUCCCCACAUACGAGUGGGUCCAUCAGUCGCCGGAAGACACCCAUGAAGCUAAUGAAGACGGUGAUGACUGUAUUAGGGGCCUUCGUGGUGUGCUGGACCCCAGGCCUGGUGGUUCUGCUGCUCGACGGCCUGAACUGUAAGCAGUGUGGUGUGCAGUACGUGAAAAGGUGGUUCCUGCUGCUGGCGCUGUUCAACUCUGUCAUGAACCCCAUCAUCUACUCCUGCAAGGAUGAGGACAUGUACAGCACCAUGAAGAAGAUGAUCUGCUGCUUCUCUCAGAAGAACCCGGAGAGGCGCUCCUCCCGAAUCCCCUCCACUGUCCUCAGCAGGAGCGACACGGGCAGCCAGUACACAGAAGAUGGCAUCACCCAGGGCACCGUCUGCAACAAGGGCAGUUCCUGAGCUCCUGAGUCCUCUUCCCCGUGGCCCAGCGGGGCCUUCUCUGGCAAAGAGCUGUUACGAAUGGUACCUGCCUCUAACAAAACCCACACACAGUGUUACUCCAGGUCUGAAUUAGUCAUUCUAGGUUAUAAAAAACAGUUUUUACAUAGUCUAAAAGCACAGGUAGUAGAGAGGACACACUGCGUUUAGAGAAAACGCAUGGGGUGAGGGAAGAUGGCACAGGGGAUUCCGCUUGAUGUCCUGAGGGCCCCUGGCGGCACCACGGCCCUGCUAUUCACUUUGAGCUUGGCCACCAUCUUGUAGCCAUUCGCUUGGUGUUUUUAAAGGAUGUUAUUAUAGGGCUUAGGUCAAAAUAAAUAAUAAUGUUACUUGAGCCACUUUAUGUAGCUAUUUGGAAUGCCUGUGUAGUUCUUUCUGCAUGCAAAGUUUUAAAAAAUGCUUUGGCAAUGAUAUUUUCAUCCUCAAAGAAACCUGGCCACUAGUUAUGUGUUCAGUAGGAAUCUCAGAAAAACAAAUCAAUAAAGACUCCAGACUGAAUUUGAUUUUUAACUGAAAGAACAUGCUGAGGAAAAAGAUUUGAUGUAAUAACAAAAAAAGUAAAUAUUAAAUAUUUAUUUUGAAAUGAAAAAGAGACCUUGGCAUGGUCCUGUAUGCUUAUGGAUUUGGGCCUAUUUAUUCAUUUCCACUUUGUAUUCAAAGACACAGAGGACAGUGAUGGUGAAAUAAAUUCAGAGGCCACCUUGACUCCUACUCUCGGAUAAUCGCUGUAGAAAUGACUGGUUCUGAACAAAGGGAGAAAGAUGUGAUUCCUUUGCAAACAGACAUACAGCAGAGUAAAAGGUAUAUGGAUAAUCAGGCUGAUUUCCUUCCAUAUACGAUUAAAUGGAGCUCAACACGAAGCUUUAUUUUCAGUUACCUCCCUACCCCUAGUGACUUGUCAGAUUUAGUAUGUGGAAUAAUUUUCACAUCUCUAUUUUGCCCACGGUUAUUGACAUACUUCUAGUACACUUUGCCUUACUUUUGAUCUGGGUUCUUUCAAAAAUGUUUCUCCUUCAAAGAACUAAGUAGACAACAUGAAAGGCAAGUCAGUAAGGGAAAAAAAAUGUUUCAUACACAUAGGCUACUGACCAAAGUUUUCUAUGUAAAGCAUUUAGAUAGUAUAUUCUGAUUUUAAAUAAGAAUAACUUCAAGGCAAAUAUAGUAUUUAUGUUGUUUGCAAAAGAAGUUUACAUUUUUUUGGCUAUUGUGAUGUAACAUUUAUGUGCAAGUACUACUUGUAAUAAAAGAAUUUGAAAAGUCAUGCUUUUAAAUAUAAUGGCCUGAAAUAGAGUAUUAUGAUUUGAAGGUGUAAAUUUCACAAAUUCUGUAUAGUAAGUCAUCUAUCUGAUGCUUAUGUCAAAGCUCUAUAUAAAAUAAAAUUUAA